AACAAGAAGGUAGGACCCACUUUAUUGAUUGUUUUUCAAUUGGCGGAUAAAGAGAAUCUAGAAUGAAUAAACAACCUGGUCAUAUGGUAUCAGCCGUCGCAAAGGUAAUACAAAAGGUAGACCCAGCCACCGUAAUUCGCUCAUUUUUUCUUGAUUGCAUGAAGACCGACCUCCUCGAUACUUAACUACCUAACAAACGCUUCUGAAGGAAUCUCCGAAUUGAGUACCACCAAAAGAACGAACGAACGAACAAACACUUCGAAGUUCCGAAGGAAAAACACAAGCUUGCGACACCACCGUCCACGUCUCUCGCCGCAAGUGUGUGACGUGUCUGUCAGUCCUUCCCCUCGUUCCAACCAAGCAAAGACCCCAAUCCCGCCGUAUUCUCAUUCUCCGCCCGCCGCCGAAUACCCGAAGGCCAUGGACGCCCUCUCUGUAACUCCGCCGGAAUCCGCCUCUCCCGCCACGGCGGAGCACCUUGUGAUCAGCAUCCGUGGCCCAGCCUCUCCUCUGGUGCCCGGGGAUACUGGCACCGACAUUCGGAGCAUUAAUUCUUCUGCUGGGAAUGAAGACAGAGGCGGCGAUGCGGCGGCGGAGGAUGCCGGAGGUCGGAGGAAGGUGCUGCCGGAGGAGCUUUGCCGGAACGUGGUGAAGCUGUCGUGUAAGUCGAAUGCGGAAGGGGGAAUUUGCGAGGUUUAUGUGAUUGGAACAGCUCAUGUGUCUAAGGAAUCAUGCCAAGAAGUUCAAGCUGUAAUCAGGUUUUUACAACCACAGGUUGUUUUCUUGGAACUAUGCCGCAGUCGUGAGGCUCUACUUUUUCCUCAGAAUUUAAAGGUAACAACCUGGAGAGAUGUGGUGGUUAUGUGGACGUCACAGCACAAUAUAUUUGAAAUCCUGUACAGCUGGUUUCUGGCCAAGGUUGCCAGCAAGCUUGAGGUUUUCCCUGGUUCUGAGUUUCGGGUGGCAUAUGAAGAAGCAUGCAACUAUGGUGGCCUGGUGAAAUUUGGUGAUCGCCCGGUACAAAUAACUCUGCGAAGGACAUGGGAAAAAAUGCCACUUUGGCAUAGGACAAAAUUAUUUUAUUCCUUGGUUUACCAUGCAUUCUUUUUACCAAGCUCCGAAGAUCUCAAUAAAAAGCUGAAGGAAAUGAAUGAUAUUGAUAUGAUGACUCUUGAGAAUCAAGAAAUGAGCAAGCAAUUCCCCACUCUGAUGGAAACUCUUGUACAUGAGCGAGAUCAGUACAUGUCAGCCACUUUAUUAGAAGUUGCUGGUGAGUACCGUUCAGUUGUUGCAGUCGUCGGAAAGGGGCACCUGCAGGGGAUUAAGAAGUACUGGAAGCAACCAGUUGAGUUGAAGCGCCUUCUGCAUGUAGAUAUGUGUUCACGGACACCUAUUUUUUCAGCUGUGAAGCUCCUCGCAACUGUUGGAGUUGGAGUUGGAGUUGCAGUUGCAGUUGCUGGGAUUUGUAUAUCGACCAAGAAAUAGUCCUUGGAAUGAGGAAGGCGGUAACUCGAUUUUGUUUCUGAAUGAAAACUGUGCUGAUAUAAAACUAAGUUUUACCAUGGAAAACAUCUUAGUGGCCUCCUCGAGAUAGUUUACUUAUUGUUAAUAUUGCCUUUCUUUAAGUUUCUACUCUUUCUUUAA